CAAUGAAGUGCCUCAGGACCUGCACCCUUCUCCUGGUGUGUCUAUGUACCUUCGGCCUUGUGCUUCAGACCACGUUCAAACCACAACUUUUUACAACGCACGGGAUUCACAGAUCCCUUACCAUCAACACCUACACGGAUCUUGCCGACAAUGAAAAUAGAACAGGAGCUUUGGAUCAUCUACGACCGUCCCAGAAGCCAACGAAAGUUCCUGCGGGACAUCCCUCAGAUUGGCGCGUCAAUGAGCUGGUUGCCUCAAGACUAGAGCAGAUUUCCAACAUGCACAGAGAGCGACGAGUUGAUUGCGCAGCCGUCAUACGCAACAACAAAACGGCAAUGGCGGAGGCUAUUUCUGUGGCGAAAAAUCUGGCCGAUACGAGGGACAAAAACUUCAACAUUAACAUUCACUUAAUGAACCAGACGCAGAACUGCUCCCAUUUCUUGAAAGAAUAUGGUUUUAUAACUGACGUUUUAUCGAAGGAAGAAGAAGAGUUCCCAAUAGCUUAUUCACUCGUGGCUUACACCGACACCGAGACCGCCCUGAGACUUUUGCGGUCCAUCUACAGAGUUCAGAACGUGUACUGUAUUCACGUAGACAUCAGCGCAACUUCCAGGACAAUGGGCGCUCUGACGUCGGUGGUCUCUUGUCUGCCCAACGCCUUCAUCUCUUCCAGAAGGGUGAAUGUCCAGUGGGGACACUUCACGGUCCUGGAAGCCGAACUAAUCUGCUUGCAGGAUCUCUGGAGACACAAGAAAUGGAAGUACUUCAUCAACCUCACGGGACAGGAGUUUCCCCUCAAGAACAAUUUCGAACUAGUGAAAAUUUUGAAAUCGUACAAAGGAGCAAACGACGUGCACGGAACAAUUAAAUACCGCCGUCUCAACCGCUGGAAUUUCCAGGAGCUUCCUCACAACCUGACCGGCAUCAAAGGCUGGGUGCAUGUGUCGCUGAGUCGCCCGUUUGUGGACUUCACCCUACACGACCCGCGGAGCCAGGAUCUUCUGGACUUUUUGAAAGGCACCUGGAUUCCAGACGAGUCGUUCUUCUCUACCCUCAAUCAUAACACCCAGCUGGGGAUUCCGGGCAGCUUUGUUGGGCUGAAUGAGACGGAGCAAAGAGUGGGGGAGAAGCCCACCUUCAACAGGUACAAGAUGUGGGGCAGGAACCCGUGUGCAAAAAAUACUGUCAGAGACAUUUGUAUUCUCUCUACAGGAGACCUCCCGAGGAUGGUCGCCAGUGACUUCCUGUUUGCCAACAAGUUUUUCCUGAACGAAGAUCGCGUCGUCAUCGGAUGUCUAGAGGAGAGGCUGAUGAACAAAACCAGAGAUUAUUAUAUGGGGAGACUCCAGUUUAAUACCUCAGUGUAUGAGAACUCGGUCAUUGUCAAAAAUAGAAUAAGAGACGAAACCGGGGGUUAAAGAAGAAUGGA